UUUGCACUUCCCUUGCCAAGUGAGCGAGGUUACCGGUCCAUUAUCUGGCAAAGGUCACCUGAACAAGCUCAGGGGUCACUGCUGGGGCCCAGAAGAAGAAGAAGAAGAAGAAGAAGAAGAAGAAGAAGAAGAAGAAGAAACAUCUCCUUACGUUGCAUAUCCAAAAACAAUGUUGGCCGUGACCUUCAGGGCGUCCAAGAUGAGAACGGUGUCGUCAUAUUCGUUCCUGCAACGCACGGGAACACGAGAAAGGGAAAGCUCCUGAUUGGGGAAUUAAUAAAGAUGAGCGCGUGGCACCUGCAGGAGUUAACACACCGAGCUCGGGAUCACAGACCCAUCUGCACACCCGGGACCCCCUUGUCCAGGAGCAGCAAAAACUCCUCCACCGCGUCUUCUCAUCUCGGCCUCGGUGAGAUCCAGCAGAGAGACAACUUUGAAAUCCAGCUGCCUCAGCAAACUGCCACGAGGAAAUUCCCGGGCACUUGUCGGGCAGCUGCCAACUCCCCGUCUGGUGGAGGUGUUCCCAGAACGGGCCAUCUGCCGCCUGCAGUGACACCGCCUCUCCUAAAAGUCAACCUGUGCUGGGAUCGGGCUCUCCCUUCCCCUGAGGUCACAGCACCCCCGGCUCCCCACGCCAUGCGCGGCUUCAGCCUCCUUCGUCCCGCAGCUGCGAGCGCCAGCCCAGCCUGCUCUUAAAAUGGCCCAAAAAGCGGGGGGUGCACAGAGCAAGAUCUGCACUUCAUUGACAGCUGGGAUGACUCUUGUUGAACUGCAGGCAGAUGCAAGGAGCAGAACUUCCCAGGAAUUCGCUGCUGUCCUGAACCAGCACGUGGGAGACCUCAGGGUGAAGUGAGCAAAAUGGGGAACCUUUCACACGGCACAAGAGGUCACCCUGUGAGGGCCAGCCCGUGUUGAUGUCACCCAUCUAAAAUCAGCCAUUUACGGCUCGAGGAGCUCAGCAAAGCACGAAUCUCACCCCGCUCUGGGACAUCCCACGGACACAGAAGACAACAUGGCUGUAAAAAACGGGAUUAAAUCCCAGGGGGACAUUUCCUGCCUGAGGGAUUUGACAGAGAGGGGUGAUGAGCUGCUCCACCUGAAGGGAGUGCUCGCUGUGGCUGCAGGAAGAGCAGAGGAGCUCCGCAGCGCCCGCCCUGCAGGUGAAACCGCUCGUCACACUGACAGCUGUUGCCUGCACAGGGAAAGCCCUGGAUCUGGUCACUCUCUGGCAGAUGGCCAGGUGUGUAAAAACACUGGGUUGGGCUGUUCUCUGAGCAGGAACUCCCUGCUCAGUCAGCAGGCAGAUACUCCCAGAGGACAAGAUGAUUCCUCGGGUUCUGCCGCUGUUCUGGAGAUUGAUACAGAGAAACGUCCAGGUGUCAGCGAUGACUUCUCUGAUGAUGACCUGGAGUACUUCGAGUGCUCAGACGUGCUGACAGCGCGGGAAAAUGAAAAGUGGCAAAAGAAACUGCGGUUUCUGUUGGAAAGCGACGACGAAGACGACCUCAAGCUGAGCCAGGACUGCGAUGGGUGCGCUCGGCUCCUCGGCGAAGCUCCUCGCGCGGCGCCAGUGUCGGGUGACGCUGCGCCUGUGGAGACCCCCAUUGGCUUCUGGGGGCAUCACUCAGAGCUGCGAGGGCUCGGUGUAAGGGGAGACCCCUCUGUGUGCAGCCAGUCCCCUGUGCAGGCAGACAUGACUCCCGCUGUCGGCCACCACCGGCAGAGGAGCAGCGGUCCGAAAGGCAGCGACGACGCGCCCGUCGCAUCUGCAGCCGCCGCUGAUGAACGCCCCAGGAGCCGAGGGGAGGCUGAUGCGAGCGGCCACCUGGCUGCCAAAGCCAGGCAGGCGGAUCCUGCUCCUGCUGCUGCCCCUGCUGAGGCAGCCCCCUGUGCCGGCAGUGCGGGAGCUGCGGGGACGAUGACGGGAGCGGGCGCGGCGCGGGGGGAAAGCUCCCCGCUGAUGGAGGAGCGGGGCAGGGACGUGCCCGAGGAAAACCCUCAGCACGCUGGCUGUGCCUUCACUGAGACCCUGAGGAGGAACCUUUUCAAGCUGCUAAACCCCCUGGAGCUCUGCAGAUACGUGAGUACCAUAGGACAGUCUCUGCAGGCUGCAGCAGAGGGCAGGGAAUCCACGGCUCCAUCUCCCGCUCGGGAAGGUGUCCUGAUUGCCAAGGAGACAGGAAGCCUGGAGGUGCAGGCAGAAGAGGCAGAUAAAGAUUGUCCCUGGGAAAGGAGAAGGACUCAGGGCCCGCCUGAGCAGAAUCAGAUGCUGGAUGAGAACGUCCCACUCGAGGUGAGUAACGUGUUGAUCGUUUAA